AUGUCAAAUCCACAAGUUAGAACGGCUUCUUUCCAACCGACUGCAAGCGAUUUCAAGCAGCGGACCAGCGAGCUAGCAAACACCGGUUCACUGUCAUACAAACUGACCCAGGGAGGAACUCAAGGGUAUGUUGGUGCGAUAGCGUUUUCGUCCAGCUCUGCGCCAAGCACGGCUCCAGAGGAGGAUGUCUUCUUGCGGGCGAGUCCACGUAAAGGACCUUCCGGGCGAGUCCAAAGUAGCGCGAAGGGACAAGACAUAAGUCGGGUUAUACCAGAGGUAAUAGAACUAUCUGAUAGCUCUCCUGAAGCACCACCUCGCAUCCGGAGGAAGCCCCAAGGAAGUCCCAGCAAGGGGGACAAACUUUCGCUCUUUAUUGACGACAGUGAGGGAAGUAGCGAUGAUGAUGGUGCCAUCAUGACUUUCGACGAACCCCCGUCAGCGCGGAAGCCAUUGAAGCUUCCCCUCAUAAAGUUCAACACGCUCAAUAUUGCCGAUACCCCACCUAGCAGCCCCAAGAAGCACAAGGGUGUAUCAGCUACCCGGCAGGAUGCUACAUUAGUCGAAACGCCCUGUCCACGCACCGAUCCCUCUGUUAAGCCCGCCUCUAGCUCUGUCUCGACGCCAUCAUCCGCAUCCGUCACACGAACGGGCUUGCAGGCAACCCGGGUAACGAAGAAGGCGCAGGCCGCCGCAGAAUUGACGAAGCGCAAACUCUACGCGGAGGAUCUAUUCGAAGAGCUGAACUCGUUGGUGUUCGAUCGGAAAUUACCGUCUAGUACGCAAUUGAAAUGGAGCAAGCGUUUAACGACCACGGCCGGGAGGGCGAAAUGGCACAAGUCUUCUGCUGGGGUACAUACGACGGAAAUAGAACUUGCGGAGAAGAUCUUGGAUUGCGAAGAACGCAUCCGCAACACGCUCUCACAUGAAAUGUGUCAUUUGGCAUGCUGGGUCAUUGACGGUUGUCCCAAAGAAGGGCACGGUCAGCUGUUCAAAGCGUGGUCCGCGAAGGUGAUGCUGCGUUGUCCUGACAUUCAUAUAUCGACGAGACAUGACUACGAGAUCUCUUAUCCAUAUCAAUGGGAAUGCGAAAAAUGCGCCAAGAUCUACGGUCGGUUCAGUAAAUCCAUCCGUCCCGACGAGUGUGUAUGCGGCGCAUGUAAAGUCGGAAGGCUGCGUCCGCUUUUCAAGACUAACCAAAGGGCCCCGAGGACGCCGAAGGUUGCUCGUAUGGCGGCUGCCAAACCCCAAGGUAAGCAAACCCCAACCCUCACUAUCCCUCAGUACUCAGUUCUUAAUCCUUCGCCCGCAGAUUCCCCAAGGUCACUACCUCGCUCCAACUUGAAGCUAUCUACAUCUUCGUUGUUCAUCGAUCUCACUGAAUCAUAUGGCGACGGAGAAGCCUUAGGGAGCCCUGUUAAGGAGCAACAGAUAUUGUGCCAACAUGGAUCUGAUUCAGAGGGAGAGGGAGAGGAGGAUGAAAUCGGAAUUCUGGCGACGAUCUUGGAGUCGGUGUCGCUGACACGAGACUAG